AUGGCGACCUCGCGCGACGUCGAGGUGGUCAUCCAGAAGCUCUCGUCCGACCGGGCCAGGCCCCGCGAUGAAGGGGUGAAGCUGCUCGGGACGUGGCUGCAGGGCGACCGCGCCCCCACCUUCUGCCGCCUCCUCGCCCGCAACACCGCCAGGGCCAAGCCCGGCCAACUCUCCUCCUCCGCCACGUGGCCGUUCCUCACCAUGGCGCUCGCCAAGUGCGUCCUCACGGACAUCGCGGCUAAGAAGCGCGGCCCCACCAAGAGCGCCGCCGCCGGGAUGCUCCGCGUCGCUAUCCGAUGCGCCGAGGACGUGAGGCUCUCAGGGCAUUCCUUACUUUUGAUUUCAGUUGCUAAGCAACUGUUUAGCCAUAUACUGGAGGUCAUAAAAGAUGCUCCCAACUUUCAGCUAGAAUACAGCCCAAUUCUUCGGCAGCUUUUAACUGUUAAGGAAUACCGGUAUCAGAUGAAAUCUCGAACAUAUAGCAGUCUUGUAGUGCUCUAUAUGAAGAAGGUUGCAACUGCUUUUGAUGCAAACUUCAGCAAUCAAGCUGGCUCAAAGGAGGAAUCCUUUCGCUCUACAUGGACACUUCACGUUCUACUUGAAAACCCACCUGGUGAUUAUCCUGACACCAUGAGGGAGGAGGUUCUUAAUGGAUUUUGUACAAUAUUCUCACAUAUUAGGAGGGAGGAUGGAAAGCUGACUAGCAAGCUUAUGGAAUGCGUCAACACCUUUUUACUGAUGGAUGGACCAAACCUUGGAGACAAAUCUGUGGAGAUCCAUAAUGCUGUUCAAGAUUUUAUAUUGCAUUCGUGGCUGACGACUCGUGAUCCCCAACUGAAGAGUUUGUUCAUCACAUAUGCAAAAAUUCAGUUGAAGCUUGCUAAGGCUAUUUCAGAGGUUUUGGAAAAACUUUAUGACGUCAUCAUUAAGGAGCUCGAUCAAUAUGGUAGCACCGGAGCAGGUUUACUAUGGUGCGAGGCAUCUCGAGAUGCGAAAGCUGUGUCAUUGAGAUGCUUCCAGGAAGAAUUGAUGGAUCUUUCUGCUACUGUUUUUUAUCUGGUACAUAAAUGCACGCCAAAGAGACUAAGCAGGGAGAAAAGGUUAAAGACAGAGCAUGUUACUACCGUCAUCAUGGAUGGCCUAUUGAAAGGAUCUCCAUGCUGGAGUGGUACCAUGUGUUUUCUUGUUCACAAGUAUGGAUACCGAGUGGACAAGUCUUCGUUGAUCAGUUGGUUUGUAGCAAGCUGUAAAUCUUUGAAAAGCGUUUUGAGCAAUGCAAACGCCAUUCGUUUUCAGGAUUCACUGCUUUGGCUUAUCAGGACACUCAAGGAGUUCUCUGCGAUGCUCAUAGUGAAUGCUAGGGAGGACUCACAUUGUUUAUUGACAACAAGCGAGAUGUCAACUGUUGAAGGUUAUUGGCAAGAUGUCUGGAAUUUGCUUAUUCAUGCACUUCCUUUAUUUAGCACUACGGCUCUAGUGUCUGAUUCAGCUCUGAGUUUGUUGGGUGAAAUGAUCAUGCGGGACCAAGUUCAUACUUCAUUUGUAUCAGAAGAUACAUGGGACCUGCAAACUUUUAAACAAUCACCAUCAUCGUCUGCUUUGUACUUCAUCACUUGUUACUUCUCAAGGAUAGGGUUGCAGGGUGAUUUAUCCAAUUCUAUAUUUGUCCGAAAGAAUCUGCUAAGAUCAAUUUUGGAGUUAUUUCACUCAAAGCGAUUCUCUCUUUUAAAUGAGCAAAAUGUCUUGAUGAUUCCUGAAGCCAUUUUUUCUGUCUGUGCUGGUUUUUCAUCAUCAGUCAUCAACUCAGCAGACACCUCACAACUGUUUGGUGAAUGCAAGAACUUUACCAAGUUGUUGCUCGAGGAUGAAAACUGGGUUAUCAAAGACGAGCUAGGUUACUGUGUGGAAGCUUUAUCAGAAAUCAGUACUGAAAGUUAUACCAAGGUUAUGGCUGAUAAAUGCAACCGAACACACCUUCCUCGGCAUAUCCAACAACCAUUGCUUCUUGAGCUUAUGGAGUUCAUCAAAGGAUUAAUGGCCUCAAGUGAACAGUUUGAGAAAGUGGACUUAUGUACACUUGCAUAUCUUUGUUCUCUUUUCUGCAAUCUAAUUUAUUGCGCACUCUUGUCAAGGGCCAUAGAAGAAAAAUCUUCAUUUCUCCAAGAAGUAUUUGAUUACGUUACUAACAUUAUAAAACAUAUGAUAUCAGCGGUUAUGAAAAAGCACGAUGAACUAUCUCAUGGUCUUACUAGUGUGGGCUCUGCAUUUGAGACAACUGGCUCUGUUUUAUCCUCAUUUCAGACCUUCCUCUCUGCUCCAAUUUUUAGACUGCAGAGUGUUAGUAACAAAAUCAGUUCUGUGCUUAUCAAAGAUGUCAUUGAAAUGCUUGAUGACCUAUUGGUGGCAUUCUCUCAGCUGUUUUCUUGUCUUUGUAGUCCUGUGAACACUUCUGAUAGUGAGCACACUAGUAAAAUGUUGCCAAUAUCUUCUGUCAACUUGUCAGAGGAUUUAAACCCUCUUGACCACAAAAGUGUUGUUGAUAUGGAUUUUGAUGUGACGGACUCUGGUGAAGUUGAUUCUAUCACAGCUAGUGUGAGUGGGAGUAUUGGUAUCUCGUCACGACCUUUGGAGUGGAAGCUAGAACUGGUUUGUGUUAUUUCAACUUUUUUCUCCGUCUCACCGCUCCAUACAUGGGAAGUCUUGUACAACUUAUUGGAGAAAGAGAGUGAUGUGAAGGUUUGCCAGGAUAUCCUGCUUAAUCUUUGCCAAAACAUAUCUGCUUCAUCUAAAAGCUUAUCUUCUGUGGUCCAUUUGAUAUUCGAUACGAGGGAAAAAUAUGCAUGCUCACUACUUGGUUCUGCUGACUGUUUAACACAUUUACAUGCCUUGUUAAGAUCUAUGAUAGCUAUACAUGAUAUUGGACAAAAUGCUGAUGGAAAGUCACAAGCAUGUAAUGUGGUUUCAAAAGAGAACCAGGACAUUCUAUUAGACUUGGUGAUUAAAGGUACCGAGAUCAGUAUCACAGAUUGGUUUUUCCGCAUCAAGCUCAUCGAUUGCAUCUCCCACUUUAUUUACUUGUUCCCUGACAUUGCACAGGAUAUGACAGGACAUUUGCUCAACAUGCUGCAUGAUACUGAUUAUCGUGUCAGGUUGUAUCUUGCUAGGAAAAUUGUUGUGCUAUUCCAAACAUGGGAAGGACAUAAUGAAUUGUUUAAUGAUGUUUGCUCAAAUAUUGGUGUCCAGAUGGUGCAGUUCUCCAACAAGAUCCCAGUUAAAUCAAAAGAAGUCUUAGCUGUUGGUCCACAAUCUGUUCCUGUUGUUGAAACUGUCCUCAUCACACUAGCUCAUUUGUCUGUGCAUAGUGAGGAGGUUGAAGUUGAGUGCGCAUUCAUGAUUUCUGCUGUUGCUGCUAUAGAGCCUUCUCAGCGAGAAUUAGCUUAUGCUUUAUUUGAUUCUAUCUCAAGAAAGCUCAGCUACGCUUCACGAAGUAAGUACUUGGACCAACUGAUUGGUCCAAUUCUCUUCCGGUGGGUUGCUUGUGAAGUCAGCCUAGUUUCACUUCUUGAGGUGCAAGAGAUGUUUGGUUUUAAUCCGGCCAAGCCAAAGAACUUCAUUGAACAUAUCUGCUCAUGGCUUCUCCCGUUCCUUAUUCUCAGGGGUGAUGCUGCUGAUCUUAAUUGGAUCUCCAAGGUUUUGUUGCAACCUUUAUCUGCUGUUAUCAAGGGAUAUUUUGUUCCGAUAUUUGGACUGUCUAUUGCUGCCAGAUGUGGCACUGGGCCAGAGAAGGACUUGGCAGAAACUGUGUUAUAUGAAUCAGUUUUGCAAUUUGGUGAAAUUUCUGAACUUGAGCGUGAUGAUCUCAUUAGAAAACAUAUGGUUUCCAUUGUUGGCUUUUUGCUCUCAGUUUCAUCCAGUGCUUGCCAGCCCGAAUUCCCGUACUUUCCCAGGGAGAUUAUAGCAUUCUCACUGAAAACAGUUGUUGAUGGUUUCGUGGAUACAACGGAUGAUGAUUUGGCUGAUACAGUUGUUAUUGACAAAAUCAAUAUAUUCCGCGCUGACAGAGUUUUUAAGUUCCUGUUGGCAAUACAUCAACAAGUUACAGAUGCAGGCCAUCCGAGGCACAUGAGUCAUCGGCUUUGUGCCAUUGAGGUUUUAAUAGAUGUACUUGGGCAUAGAGUGGUACAUUAUAGCACUUGUUUCUAUAUUAUUUGUAUAGUGGGGAACUAUAUCUGGAGGCAACCAUUGCAAGGCCAGUGCUGCAACAUUUUGUCUAAACUGUUGGCUACUUUCAAUGCAAACUCCUCUAAGGAAACUGUUGCUGUGCUCGGCAUGCAGCUCCAGCUUUUAGUUCCUAAAUUGGUCACCUGUUGCCUACCUAAUGAUAAAGAAGGAGGACAUGCUAAUGGAGAUUCAUCGAAAGUUCUAUCUUUGCUUCGUCAAUUAACAGUUGAUGCUGAUCCCUUGCUUUAUGAUUACAUAAGAGAUUUGGAACCACUCCCUGAUCUUGAUUGCUUGAAAGAUAUACAAGUUUUCCAUGCCUCACUUUCUGACUCCUAUGCUUCAAGAGACCAGUUUCUGAAGUUUGUUAACAGGGCUCCUCAUUUGCCUCCAGAAUUGUUUUUGCUAAGUCUUCGUACGCAUCACAAGAAGUUAUUAUUGGGAGAAAUCAUCUGUAGAGGCGAUGUAUCUGUGGGUAAUGCAGACACAGUUAGUUGCUGGCGCAGCGACCCUGAUGUCGUUUCGGCUGUAUGGACGCUUGUUGACCUUUGCAGCUCAUCAUCUGUUGCAAAUGAAGCUUCUUCAGUGCUUGCAGAUUUUAUCUCUAGGGCUGGCAUAUCGGAUGCACAUCAAGUAAUAUUCCAUGUUCCAAAUCUUACUCAGAAGCACCCCUUACAACUUCAAAGUGGUUGUACUUCCAAGGAAGAUAAAUUGUGCUCAGACUAUAGUAUUUCUGAUGAUAUCUUGGUUGGUCUUCUGAAACUCUUGAAGACUUAUUUAUCAGACAAGUCUGUUGAAAUAAUAGAUGUUACUUCACGAACAUUGAGGGGGAUUCUGUCAACAUCAAAGGGCCUCAAUUCUCUGCAGUGUCUUGAUUCUCUUGAUAGGUCUUUACUGAUGGUUCAUUCGAGGGGAAUAAACAUUCAGUUAGUUGAGCAGACACUUUUGGGCAUGGAUAAGUAUUCUACUGUUUCACUUGAAGAAUCAGAAAUCUGGCAGACUAAUGGCCGGCCUUAUGAGCAAUGGUUAUGCACCCUAGUGAGCUCACUCAUUUGUCAUUGUGAUGAUAUCAUCUUAAGACUUUGUAGAAGUCUUGUCUUCCUCAAAGUUGAGGCUGCUGAGCUUUUGCUUGCAAGUGCUCUGGUGAACAUUGCUGGCAAUAUGGACUCUAAUAACAGCAUUUGUGGAUUAAUUUCAUCAAAGGUCGAGAAAAUGAUUUUUAGUGACUCCAAUCAUUUGAUGAAAUCAGUUAAGCUGUUUUUGGAUGCACUGAAUGUUAUCAGAUCUUUUUAUGUCACUGAAAAAGCCAGAGACCCCCCUUCUAAUACUCUUAAGGAUGGUAGAUCGGCUAGAUCCAAAAGUAGGUCACCAGCAGCAACACCCUCAUCUUCAUGGAAGAAGGUGUACUGGCUUUCAGUUGAUUAUCUUGUAGCUGCCAGAGCUGCUAAGCGUUGCUCAUGUGACUUUGCUACGCUUAUGUAUGUUGAACUUUGGUGUGAGGAACAAUUCAAUCAACUGGCACUUGGACCUCCAGAUUUUUCACAGCAAGAGUCGUUGCCAUCGCAUAUUGGUCUAUUGGUUGCUGCAUUUACUCACAUAAAUGAGCCGGACAGCAUUUAUGGAAUUACACUGGCCAACGAGAUAACUUCGCAAAUCAUCAGAUAUGAGCAUGAGGGUGACUGGAGCAGUGCUCUUGAGUAUUAUGAUUUACUUGUAAGAUCAACACCAAAGGAGAACCUUGGGGAUUUUGCUGGGACAGUGCUGCCUAAGUCAUCUGAUGUGUCUUCUAAAGCAGAAGAUAAGAUACUGAACUGGAAAACGCACAAAGGUCUGAUGAGGUCCUUGCAGAAAACUGGAUGUAGUCAUGUGCUUGAUUUCUACAACCAAGGGUUAACCAACCAAAAUGCGUGCCUUCAACAGGAUUCAGAGUUUAUUGACAUACAAUACGAAGCUGCUUGGAGGGCAGGAAACUGGGAUUUUUCCUUUUUUGUUCCAUAUUCUUCUCAGGCUUCAAGCCGCUCCCGCAAUUACUGUCUUUUCAAUGAAAGUUUGCACAGUUGCCUAAGAGCCCUGGAAAAUGGUGAUUUUGAGCAGUUCCAUGGGAAACUUUCUCGUUCCAAGAUGGAUCUUGUGUUGGCGCUCUCAAAUGCUAGCAAGGAGAGCACGAAACACAUCCACUCUACCGUUCUUAAAUUACAGAUGCUAGAUCACCUUUCGGUGGUUUGGGAGCUGCGCUGGAAACUUGGUCUCAAUCGAACUCCAAAAUCUUAUGCUGGAACCGAGGAGUUCUCUCUAGUGCCUGCUGUUCCUGCGAGCAAUCAGCUGGAGUUGUUGAAUAAAGAGUGGAACUUCAUCAUGUGUCAAACAGAGCGUAACCUUGAUCUGUUUGAACCCUUUUUAGCAUUCAGACGUGCCCUCCUUAAGAUUUUAGGUUGCGGAGAACAUCUCGUAGAACAUCUAUUUCAGUCAGCUUCUGCACUUCGGAAGGGUUUAAGGUUUUCUUUGGCUGCGGCUUCUUUAUAUGAACUCAAAGAACUUUGCUGUCACAGAGAUCAGCAAACGAUGCCAAAUAAUUAUUUCCUGUCAAAGCUUGAAGAGGCUAAACUGCUGAGAGCUCAGGGGCAGCAUGAUAUGGCUAUUGGUCUUGGUAAAUACAUACUGCAGAACCACACUGAUAAGAAAGACAUAUCAGAUGUCUACCGAUUGGUUGGCAAGUGGUUAGCUGAAACAAGAUCAAGCAACUCAAGAACUAUCAUUGAAGACUACUUAAGACACUCUGUAGAUCUUACUGAAUUUCACAAGAACUCAGACAAAAAGUACAUGUCCAGGCAGUGUCGUACAUAUUUCCAUUUAGCACAUUACACAGAUAACUUGUUCAAAAGCUAUGAGGAAAGACUUUCAUCCAAUGAAUGGCAAGCAGCUCUGCGAUUAAGGAAAUACAAGACUAGGGAGUUGGAGACACUGAUGAAAAGACUCAAAAGUUCAUCCAAGGGUGAGAAGACUGAUUACACUGCGAAAAUCCAAGAGUUGCAGAAGCAACUUACACUUGACACUGAAGAAGCACAAAAGAUUCAGGAUGACCGAGACAGGUUCUUGAGUCUGGCACUUCAGGGGUACCAACGUUCCCUAGUUGUUGGUGGCAAAUAUGACCUACAAGUGGUUUUCCGGUUGGUAUCACUGUGGUUUAGUCUUUUUUCAAGGGAACAAGUUGUGAAAUCAAUGAUUAAAACAACCAAAGAGGUCCAAACCUACAAGUUCAUACCAUUGGUCUAUCAGAUUGCUUCUAGACUUGGGAGCUCAAAAGAUGCUCAGGGGUCAACAAACUUCCAGAAUGCAUUGGCUUCUCUCUUGAAGAAAAUGGCCAGUGAUCAUCCAUAUCAUACAAUAUUUCAGCUUUUUGCUCUAGCAAAUGGUGACCGUGUCAAAGACAAGCAAAGGAGCAGAAGCUCUUUUGUUGUAGAUAUGGAUAAGAAGCUUGCUGCUGAGAAUUUAUUGAAGGAGCUAUCUUCUAUUCAUGGAGCUUUAAUUCGUCAGAUGAAACAGAUGGUUGAGAUCUACAUUAAGUUAGCUGAACUAGAGACUAAGAAGGAGGACACCAACAAAAAAAUCUCACUACCCAGGGAGUUCCGCAGCAUUUGCCAGCUAGAACUUGAAAAGGUUCCCGUUGUGACUGCUACUAUUCCAGUUGACCCUAAUUGCCGGUAUGAAGAAGGCACCUUUCCACAUUUCAGUGGGCUAGUGGAUUCGAUUACUGUGAUGAACGGAAUAAAUGCUCCCAAAGUUAUUGUAUGUAUUGGCUCGGACGGUAAUAAAUACCGCCAACUUGCAAAAUCUGGAAAUGAUGACCUGCGACAAGAUGCUGUAAUGGAGCAAUUUUUCAGUUUGGUAAACAUGUUCUUGCAAAAUCACAGAGAUACUUCUGAAAGGAGAUUGAGAAUACGCACAUAUAAGGUUGUUCCUUUCACCCCAAGUGCUGGUGUUGUUGAAUGGGUAAAUGGGACUGUUCCACUUGGUGACUAUCUCUUAGGAAGCACUAGAACUGGUGGAGCGCAUGGACGAUAUGGAACUGGAGACUGGACAUUUUUUCAAUGCAGAGAGCACCUGGCAACCGAGAAAGACAAAAGGAAGGCGUUUCUCAGAAUCUGCAACAACUCAAGGCCUGUGAUGCACCACUUCUUUCUUGAGAGAUUCUUGCAGCCUGCAGACUGGUUCCAAAGCAGACUUGCAUACACAAGAAGUGUGGCAGCAAGCUCAAUGGUAGGAUAUAUUGUUGGGCUUGGAGAUCGUCAUUCCAUGAAUGUUCUCCUUGAUCAAGACACAGCCGAGGUUGUGCACAUUGAUCUUGGUGUUGCAUUUGAACAAGGUCUCAUGCUUAAAACACCUGAACGGGUUCCAUUUCGGCUGACAAGGGACAUCAUAGACGGCAUGGGUGUUACUGGCGUUGAAGGCGUAUUUAGAAGAUGCUGUGAGAAAACUCUUUCUGUUAUGAGGGAAAAUAAAGAGGCAUUGCUCACCAUUAUUGAAGUCUUCAUCCACGAUCCUCUUUAUAAAUGGGCCCUUUCGCCACUGAAAGCUUUACAGCGUCAAAAGGAAACUGAUUACACCGACUCGUGCCUGGAUGACUCCCAAGAGGCAUACGAGGGGAACAAAGAUGCUGCUCGUGCUAUACUCCGUGUCAAACAGAAGUUGGAUGGUUACGAGGAUGGUGAAAUGAGAAGUGUAGAGGGACAGGUCAGACAGCUCAUACAGGAUGCGGUAGACCUUGACCGGCUGUGCCAAAUGUUUCCAGGGUGGGGACCUUGGUUGUAAAAUACGCAAGGAAAAUUGAUGGAAAUUUGUGAACCCAAGUAAAAGCAAUUUUGUGA